CGCAGCCGCCGAACAAUCACCUCGGGGCAGUGAUUCAAUAGAGUUAUGCUUCAGUAGACACGGGAAAAUGAUAGCAACACAGCUAACACUAAUCACACUUAUCAUUAGUACCAACGCACUAAGUAUAGGAACUGUGAGUGAACAAAAUGUGACCAAACGUGAAGCGAACUUAGGUGAUCUGUUCCCGGACUGGGUGCCCUUUAAAAACAAACACGGUGAGGAAUUAGGAGAAUUUGUACAAGUUAGCCGUAAGCCUAAGAAGCGGUUAGCACCACCGGUCAACUUUAUACUGAGAGCUGUAGCUGAACCUGAAGGCGACGAUUACUACGAAAAAGGUCAAGGUGAGAGUGAUGGUGAAGACUAUUACGAAAAGAAGGACUGGUCUGACACAAACAGGCCAGUACCCUCGGCCGAUCCUCAACCAGUUAAUCACACUGAAAUAUCUGAUAUAGAUGGUGUUGUGAGUAUUAUCACUAAGAAAAGACCAAGCAAUCCUGUUGUAGAUGCGCUAAAGAAAGCGAAACUAAAAGACACAGAAGAUUUGAAAACUAAAGAAGAGAACAAUGUUCCUGAUUUAAAAGAAAUAGUCGCUGAAGAUUCUAAGUUAAGUAGCAAAAAGAAACCUAGGAACUAUGAGGAGGAUAAUGAUUAUGAAGAUAAUAAUACAGAAAAUAAAAAACCUGAACCGAUCCCAGAGGAAGACCAAAGUGAUAGCGAAGCUAAAAAAGCAAGCAUUUUGGACAGUGUUGAUGAACUAAAAGCACGUCAUGCUAAAGAGCAAGUUGCGAUAUCUGAAAAAGUUAAAGAAGAGGAAAUAUAUAAAGAAGAACGAGAAAGGGAAAAGAUUCAAGCUCAACUUUCACUAGCCGAAACUGACAAGUAUGACGAUAGAUCAAAACUAAGAAAAAAGUAUCCCGAUUAUGAAGAAUAUGACGAUAAGGAAACUUCUAACGAUGAGAAGUACAAAGUCAGCCCCGAAAGAACGAAACCAACCACGACACAAAUACCAAAACGAACAAACAAACACAAAGAGAAGAAACUCGAACCAGGCAAACUGUCUGUAUUCAAAAACCCUCAGCUUUACAUGGUGUAUGAUGAAGACGAGACCACAACUGUCAAAUAUCAGCCAAACAAGAUAGAGAGAUUCUCAGCUAAGUAUACCACGAAUCCUUCCUUAGUAGAAGGCAAUGAGAGAAUAUCAUUAGUCCCAGACGACAAUGAAGGUAAAGACGGCGAACCAACGCUCUUCUUCCCUAAAAAGCGGAAAAACAAGAAACGUAAGGGCAAGCCAAAUAAAGCUGGUAAACAAUCUGAAGACAGUAAAGUCAUAGCUACGACUCCUGGUGAUACCUCGGACACUACUGGUUCUGACACGACCGGGUCAGACUCGAUCCUGGUUGACACGACCGUGGAGACUGGACCUACAGCCAGUGACGUUGAUUCAACGAACACUGAUGCUGUGACUGAUGCUGUACCGGCGCCAUCGGAUCAUCACAAGGAAUCUGAGCAGAAGGAAGAGGAUUACCAUCGGGAGAAGGGCGGCGGCAGGGAACAUCAUUCAGAGCAUGAAGAGGAACACAGCGAAGAAGGAAAGAAAGCCUAUGAGGUCAGGAGAUGGAUGCAAAGGAAGAGACCGUACAACCCAAACUGGAAGUUGCUUAAAGCAAAACCCUGGUAUUAUCUUUAUGUGGACGGCGUACACAAGGAGACCAAGUCAUCGAAAGGUUACCACGAUCGGGAGAACCAUUUGGGCAAAUAUGACGACCAUGGAGGACUUAAUGAACAUCAUGAAGAGGAAUCGGGCCACUACGGGGAUCACCACCAUGAGGAACAUGGCAAGAAACACGCGAAGUACGAGGAGUCGGGAAAACAUUCGAAAGGGCACUCGACAAAAGGCAGUCACGACAUUCACAAGAAGGAGGAAUACGAGAAAAAGGUGGAGUUUUUCGAGGAAGAAGGAGACUCCGCCGAAGAGGAGAAACAUGGUGGCUUUAAUGAGGAACACGGACAUUCGAAGGGCGGACAUUUUAAGAACGGGAAUUACCAGACUGGUCACCAGGAGCAUGCCAAGGGUGACUCCGGCCACUUCGCCAAAGGAGGCCACUUGCUCGUGUCUAAGGGACAUAAAGCCGCUGUUGGACACGAUGGCCACUCGAAGCACGGAGCAUCGCAUAAAAAGAAAGAAGGGGCGGAUGCAGGGAAGAAGUGGAUCUAUCAUCACGGCCAUCCCCCAAAGACUGCCAAUCUGGUCCUAAUAGACCGCAGAGCAGACCAGUAUUACCACGGACCCCAAUACUAUGGAUAGAUCGUUUUAUAUCUGCGGAUUGCAAUCUAUAUGGUGAUUCGCUUGCAAGAUUUUGAUAGUCCGUAUGGGGGGGCAAUUCAACAGAUAGUUUUUUGAAUUCUGUCUUUAAAAUGAGGUUUGUAACUGCAAUAGGUUUUAGGUUGGCUAUGCACUGACAGUUUGAAGUGCUACAUCUACUGCAUAGAAAAAAACUGUUUUCUACGUAACUGUAUCCGCUUGAGUUGCAUUCUUCGAUCCAAAAGUCUUUAAAUAGGUACUCGUGUAUGGCCGUCCUUAAAACUAAAGUUAAAAUCAAAAAGUAAAACUGAAAACAGUUGAGAAAAACCAGUUUGAAAAUAAUUUUAAUAUUUUCAAUUGCUCAAAAAUGUUUUGAAAUGCUUGAAAAAUAGAGUCGCGUGCAAUCAAUUAGUAUCGUUUUGAAAAUGUGUAUUUAUUUAGGUACAUUGCUGCAUAAGGGAGUAAGCUGUGUUUUAUUUUUUCAUAUAUACAUAUAAGAUUUUUUAUGUAAUAUUUUUGCAACUAU